GUAUGUGACGGGUGCACGCCCGCCGAGUCGGUCGAGUAGGCGACAGUUGUCGCGAAUUCCGCCAUGAUCAUUCAGUGUUGCUGUAUAGAAUGGUAGUGCAGAAGCACUAGUUUCCAUAGUCUUGUAUAGUACCCUGCCUUGCCCCUCGAUUUUGAGCCAGGGUUGUACCAGAGACUUACGUCGCGUGACGUCAUAUCAAGCUUCAUGUCGGGAGGCGUCGGGCACCAUACGGCGCGCUUCUGGCCAUCCAUCUCGAGGUCUGGGGUGGCUUGCAUUUCGAUGCAUUUUCGAGGCAUUUUCGAGUCUGUUGUAAGGGGCCAAGGGCCUUUACAUCUCGGGAGCGCAGAGUAGAAACCUGCGGCUUUGUCAUUUAAGCAGUCCAUCACGCGGUCCGACACCGGCCCGUACAUGCGGGACAAAUCAUUGCGCAGAUAUUAUCGACUUGGUUCUCGAUAGUACCGACUCUACCAACCUCGCCUUCAAACCCGCCAGUCUCCUCUACAACCAGAAAUUUGAACAGCAUCGGUGGAGCCUAGUCUCACAUUCUCACCUCACAUCGACAUUCGAAGACCCCGUCGACAUCGAUCAUGCACCGACUAGGAGGCGUCGGCCUUGCCGCGUUCGAGCGGCAGCAGCAGUCGCAACGCUCGUUCGCCGAACUCUCCAACGAGCUCUCGAAAGCGCAAGUGGAGCAUCUCCACGCCCAGAUGGACCACUUCCGCUCGGCCCUGGUGCGAUUCGCAACGACGCACCGCGACAAGAUACGCAAGGACCCCGCGUUCCGGCACGCCUUCCAGCGCAUGUGCGCCUCCAUCGGCGUCGACCCGCUCGCGGGCCCACGCAAGGGCGGCUGGUGGGCCGAGGUGCUCAACCUCGGCGACUGGCAGUACGAGCUCGGCGUCCAGAUCGUCGACGUCUGCGUCAGCACGCGCGAGCGCAACGGCGGGCUCAUCGAGAUGGGCGAGCUCGUCCGCCUCGUGGGUAGGCUGCGCGCGGUCGAAGAAGGCACGAUCACAGAGGAGGACGUCAUACGGAGCAUCAAGACGCUCAAGCCGUUGGGGGCAGGCUACGAGGUCAUAGAUGUCGGUAGAGGGAGAAAGAUGGUCAGGAGCGUGGUGAAGGAGCUGGACGGAGAUCAGGCAGUCGUGCUGGCUAUCGCUCAAGAUGAAGGUGGACGGGUGUCAGAGGAGUUGCUGAUAGCCCGUAGAGGAUGGGCUGUCGAGCGAGCGCGGGCUGCGCUGGAGAACAUGCUCCUUCGGGACGGCCUCUGCUGGCUCGACGAGCAAGACGAAUCAGGCAGCCCUGCCUAUUGGAUCCUUUCAGCUAUGCAUUGGGAUGAGUAGCGGUCUGGUGAGUGUCACAGGCCAUCUCU